UAUAUUUAUAAUAUUUGGGAUGAUUUCAAAUGAUUUUAGUUUUGAUGAAUUUAUGAUUUUGGUGAAUUAAGAAAGAGCUGCCAGAAUUUCAAUUAAAAUACUGUAAAAUUUUAUUCAAAAUUAUCAGAUUUAUGAAAGAAAAAAAAAUUAAGGAAUUUCAUCAAACACAAUAACUUUAUUAAAAUUCAAUACUUAAUAUAUUUCUAAUAACAAUGUAUUUUAAAAGCACAAGUUAAAUAAUAUUGAAUUUAAAAAAAAAACUUCUUAAAAUUUCAUGUUUAACAAAAAGAAAAUUUAUUAUUCAGUAGAAAUCAGUCCAUGUCUCAGAAUGAAUGCAUCCUGUAAUGUAUUGGAUUUAAGCUAUCCCAUUAGUUUGAAUUUUCUAGAAUAAAUAAUCUAUUUUAAAAGAAACAUGUACGUAUCAUUAUAUGUAGAUACCGGAGGAUAACCAAAUAUCCAAAGACCCAAAUAUUCUAAGAGCAUUUAACGCUAAACCGUUUCACGGUUUCUUAGUUUUAAUUUAUUUUUUUGGUCUGAAAAAAAAAAGAAAAAAAAAAAGAAAACUGAUCGCAGGCCGUCACGUAUCGGUAGGGCCCGCAAACAGUGCAAAAACCCAACCAAUAUUUUCAUUACUUUUGUGAUCGGUUUUUAUGGUUUUUGUGGAACCCCAGGUUAAGAAACCUCCUAAUAACCCGAAAUAAAAAUGGUAUAAGGUUGUGACUGAGAAAUUUAGAAUAAAUAGGUGGAAAAUAAAAAAAGUGAGAAUAGGAGGAAAAAUAAAAGUGGAAGAAAGAAUACAGUGAAGUAAAUGUAUUUACUCUUGUUUUAGUUAGAGUAAAAUUGUAUGUAUUUUUUUCUCUUUAUUAACCGUGUUUAGAUAAAGCGAGAAGAAAAUGAUUUUCAUUUGAUUGGUUAAAAAGUAGAAUAACUCAGCUGAAAUAAUAUUUACUCUACUACAUUAUCGCUAAUAAUACUUGUCAGUCAAAACCUAAUUGUAUAAAAAAAUCCACAUGCUUUCUUUACAUAACCAGAACUUUCAGAAUAUCUAAUGCUUGGUCAAUUUCAAUCAACAUCAUUCUUUUUAGGUAAAACAAUAAGUCAAUAUAUAUAUAAAAAGGUCGAUAUAAUAGGAAGUUUUCGGAACAUAUCCCACAGCCCAACCCUAGACCCUUAUACAUCCCCUAAUUAAUUUCUCAAUCUGACUCCAAUCCAAAACAAAACCAGAAGAAAAAAAACAAAGAACAAAAUGGAUGUCCCGUUUCUAAACAAGAAUUUUUCAUCUUCAUCUUCUUCAAAUUCAAAUUCAUCAUCAUGGGGGCCUUCUUAUCACCAAAACCCUAGAACCAUAUCUUUCAGAGCCACCAGUAUCGCAAACAACUAUUACGACGUUGACGAGGAAGAGGAAGAGGAAGAGGAAGAGGAAGAAGAAGAGGAAGAGAAGCCACUUUCUGCCAUCAUCUUAUCCUCCUCAUUCUCCUCCACAUCAUUCACGGCUGACGGCAUAGAAGAGCUGCCAGAGACCGAGUCCAUAGAGAAUGUGAUCAAAGGUAUUAAACCAUCAGAAAGACUCAUUUUCGAACGAACAGGAAAAUCCAAAUCGAUACUCGAAGAGAUGAGGAACAAGGAUUCAUGCUCUUAUACUUGGAAUCAAUCCACCUUUUCUACAAUUUCAAAUGAUUCAUGGUGGAGAUGGUUGAGGUACACACCCAUCAUCACAGCUAGAGAAGCCUCAAAAUGUAUCAUGAAGACGACCAAAUAGAUAAAUGACAUGUACAAGCUUGAUACGUCGUAAUCUUGCAUGCACAAUUGACGUUUGUGUGAGAAUCUACAAGAGUUGCGUCUAGAGAGAUUGCAUAUACGGACCCAAUAGAUCUUUUCGGAGGUUUCAUCUCAUGCCAUAUGAACAGUUAGUAUACUCGUGAGCUCUUCUUCUUUAUUUGCUUCCAGUGCGUGUGACUCAUGCUGGUAAUAUAUUUUUAAAUUGAUCUAUGUAUUUGUCCAUUUGUCAAUACAAAAAAUUAAAACUCUUUCCGAAAGCAAGACAAAAACCAUUAGUUUUGUAAUG